UCUCCUCACUUCACACUUCUCACUUCUUCACUUCUCAUUCAUCGACCUUAUUCUCUAGUUAUGAGUAGACAAACUCCAAAUCUCGAAUCUUCACCUGAUUGUUCCUCCAAUUGCAAUAAUGCUGCUGAUUCGAGCCCAGCUUCUGGAUCCGAGAGCUUCAAAACCAGCAGUAAUGGCUCUCAAGACGUUAGGCUCAACAACAGUGUCAGCUUAAGUUUCUGUAGCAGUAACAGUGUAAGCAGUGAAGCUAAUCUCGAAAAGUCUCGAUCUUUCGAUGCGAACGAGGCUAAUUUCAAAAGGGUCUUUUCUCCGUCGAAGCCGCAUAAAGGGAACGAUCUUCGAUGGGACGCGAUUCAGAGCGUGAAAUGCAGUAAAAACGAGGAUCUGGGUUUAGGGCAUUUCAGGCUGUUGAAGAAAUUGGGAUGUGGAGAUAUUGGGAGUGUGUAUUUAGCUGAGCUUAGAGAGAUGGGAUGUUUUUUCGCCAUGAAAGUGAUGGACAAAGGAAUGUUGAUCGGAAGGAAGAAAUUGGUUAGGGCUCAGACCGAAAGAGAGAUUCUUGGUUUGCUAGAUCAUCCUUUCUUGCCAACGCUUUACUCGCAUUUCGAGACCGAGAAGUUUUCUUGUCUUCUUAUGGAGUUUUGUAGCGGCGGAGAUCUUCAUAUUCUCCGGCAAAAACAGCCCGGAAAACAUUUCUCCGAGCAAGCCGCCAGGUUUUAUGCAUCUGAAGUACUUCUUGCGCUAGAGUAUCUUCAUAUGAUGGGUGUAGUGUACAGAGACUUGAAGCCAGAGAAUGUAAUGGUGAGAGAAGAUGGUCACAUUAUGCUAUCGGAUUUCGAUCUUUCCUUGCAGAGUUUUGUGAGUCCUACACUAAUUCAGUCCACUUCACAACCUUCUUGUCACAUUGCUUCCUAUUGUAUCCAACCCUCUUGCAUAGUAGAUUCAUCCUGCAAAUUACCCGUAGCCUGUAUCCAACCAUCAUGCUUCAAGCCUCGUUUCCUCAACAACAACAAACCAAGAAAGGCUAAAACCGAAAAAGGUGGUUCUGAUUCACUCCCAAUGUUAAUAGCUGAGCCAACAGAUGCUCGGUCUAUGUCAUUCGUGGGAACUCACGAGUAUUUAGCUCCUGAGAUCAUACGAGGAGAUGGUCAUGGAAGCUCUGUUGAUUGGUGGACUUUUGGUAUCUUCCUCUACGAGUUGUUAACCGGUAAAACGCCAUUUAAAGGAAACGGAAACCGUGAAACGCUCUUCAAUGUUGUUGGGCAGCCUCUAAAGUUUCCAGAUGGGUCUAUAAGUUUUGCAGCUAAGGAUUUGAUUCGAGGUUUGCUUGCUAAAGAUCCUAAGAAGAGAUUAGGGUUCAAGAAAGGUGCUACAGAGAUAAAGCAACAUCCUUUCUUUGAUAAUGUCAAUUGGGCUCUGAUCAGAAGCACAAAUCCACCAGAAAUACCCAAACCGAUUGAUCUUUCGAUACUAAAUGAAACCCUCAAGUCAUCAUCAGUUCAACAACAAGACAAGCAUUCAAAACAAUCAGAUUCUUCAUCAGGUCCUUAUUUAGACUUUGAAUUCUUCUGAUGAAGAAAUGUAUGGUAUAUGUAUU